AUGAAUAUACUCUCUUCUGAUUACUUUCGGGACCUGUUGAGAUUGAAAACUUAUCAUGAAGUGAUAGACGAGAUUUACGUUACCGUCACCCAUGUGGAGCCAUGGAUGACCGGCAACUGUCGGGGUCCUUCGACGGCAUACUGCCUUCUUUACAAGUUCUUCACCAUGAAACUCACUGUCAAGCAAAUGCAUGGGCUACUGAAGCACCCAGAUUCUCCUUACAUUAGAGCAAUUGGAUUUCUCUACUUAAGAUAUGUUGCAGAUCCAAAGACAUUAUGGAGUUGGUACAAGCCAUACUUGAAAGAUGACGAGGAAUUCUCUCCUGGUUCUAAUGGCCGAAUGACCACGAUGGGUGUUUAUGUGCGCGACUUGCUUCUUGGACAGUAUUACUUCGAUACUCUUUUUCCCCGCAUCCCAGUUCCUGUAAUGCGAACUAUUGUAGCCAAUCUUGAAAAUAUGAAGCUACCUACUAAACAUUGUGGGGUUACUGGUGAGACUACCCGUGGAUCUGAGGAAACUGCCCGGAGGCCACCUUCUGUCAAAGCUGCUCUUUCCGUUUCCUUUGGUCAACGUGCUCCUCAUCGUGCGACAACUAGGGAUUCAUCUCCUGUUCGCCGUACGCUGCCACCAUCUUCUUAUGAUAGGGAUGGUGAUUCAAGACGGUCCCCUAUACGUAGGAGCCAGAGCCGUGAUUUAUCUGAUCGAGAAUAUUCAGACAGGGAUAGAGGUAGAGAAAGAGGAUACAGAGACGGGGACAGGGAAAUGGAAAGGGAUAGGGAUAGGGAUAGGGAUAGGGAUAGGGAUUACUCCCGAGACCAUGGCAGGGACAGAGACAGAGACCGGGAAAUGGGGAGAGAUCGAGAACGUGGAAGAGACAGAGAUCGGGGGUAUGAUUAUGAUAGAAGGUCCAGAGAUAGCUAUAGAAGGGAUUAUGAGAGGAGCAGCCGCGAUGGUGAUCGCUACUCCAGAGAAGGUGGUUCUCGCCGGAGUCGAAGCCGCAGCAGAAGCAGGAGUCAAAGCAUGCACGAAAGGAGUCGUCUGAGUCCUGCCAGAGAUGUAAACAAAGAAAAGACAUCUGCAUCCAGUAAUUUGGCGAAGCUUAAAGAUCUAUAUGGUGACCUGAGCAACCAGACAGAUGACAAAGACAGCGGACCUAACAGGCCAAGUGGUACCGAGGAAGUGAUUAGAAUUGGUGGUUCCACUUGGAGGUAA